UAUUAUUAUUAUUAUUAUUAUUACUGUAUUAUGAUGACAACAAGUGGAGUGGUGUUAGUGGUUAUGGUGCUUGUUUUUUAAGGCAGGAUCUUUGGUUCAAUUCCUAUAACUGCAGGACCUUUUCACAUGACUAUACAAACCAUAACCUUUCCCUAUGCUAUAGAGUUUCAUUGUUCUACAGAAUCCUGUAAUUGGAAAGGUACUUGUUGUUGGAUGUAAAAGAAAUAAUAAAAAAUUAAAAGGAAAAACCAGAAAAAAAAAAUCAAAAUACAGUAUAAAUAUUUAAUUCAAAUAAUUACAUUCUUUAAAAUUAUAAGUUUUAUUGACAAAAAUAAGUUGUAAAAGUAAUAGAGGGUACUUUGUAAAAUUAAAAAAAUAUGCUUUGUACAAACAUACCAUUUGUUUACCUUUGGAGCUAGCUUUAACUUUUGAAGUACAUAUUGAACAGUUUAAACAAAGCUUGCAUGAAAUGGAAAAACUAAAUGGGGAUUCCCCAUUUAUCAUUUGUUUAUGAAUUGUCUUUUCUCUGUAGUAUUUUGGUUUCUGUAAAUGACUGAUAGUCGCGUUAAACAAAAUGAUUUUUUUUUUUAAUACAAUAAAUCUACUGUACAGUAGUAGUCUUCUAUAGUAGACUAGAAAUUCAUUAAUGCAGAGUACCAUAUGCAAGGACAGUAAAAAUUUGUUGUAUUCAAAACCUGUCUGUACCAGAUAAGACUGCAACAGACACAGUAGAAUGGGAGCUACAAUAGAUCAAUUCAUGCGUAUCUUAGCCAAAGUAUCUGAUUGGCUAUUAUCAAUCAUUAGGCUUUGUUGAGCGCACACGACUGUACUCCAUUGCGCUCUUUAUUUUGAUCUGUUUGAGUGGAAUAAUAGUUUUUGUUGGACUGCCCUUUAUUCUAUUUUUAAACAUAGGUGGAGCAAAGUUAUAAGAAUGCUCCAAAAGUUUAUAGUGAAAAUUAAGUAUCAAUAUUUAUUUUAGUUAGAGUUACUAAAUUCAACCAAUUUAAAAAGGAUUAAAUAUUCAUUAUCAACAAUAUCAACUAAAAUAAUUUUGUUUACUGGCUACUACCAUUUUUAAGAUAAGUAUAAUGCAAAAACAUUGAACAGCUAGUUCUUAUAAAAUGGUCCCUGAAAUUUCCGGAAAUGCAUUUCCAGGUAUCUGUGAAAAAAAUUUCCUUGAGGGAACAACCCUGGACCCCACUAGGAUGAAACCUUCUGCCAUCUGCAUGUCAAAUCGUACAUCAAACCUGCUGUUGAUGGCAAUUUUUUUGACUAGAUACAGUAUUUCUAGUGAAAACUUGGGGUCUCAGUGGAGAAUAGAUACCAUAUUGACUGGAAUGCAUACGGUAAGCACAAACUGAUGUGAAUAUGAAGUCGCUGUUCAUAUGUAAAGUAAUUGUGAUGAUGUCAUCCUCGGCUGAUCUCUCACCUGAGUCACUCUCAAAGGCUACAUAGUAAUCAGCCGUUUGAAAGUCUAUUGUACAGCCAUUCUUUAGAAGUACCCUUUUAUGAAUGGGAUUGCCCAAUUUAUUGCAGGGUGGAACUAAAAACGCUGAUUGCGUAGGCACUGUAAAUAACUAGACACCACACUAACAAAUCGUCAAUUGACAUAGUUUGUUGUGCUAAUCUCUGACAAAGCAGAGUUUUCGCAGGAAUAGCUGAAUAGGCCAUGGUUAGAAAUAAUAAUGAAUGAUAUGUGUGGGUGAUAUUAUCAUUGACUCUUCACCACCAGUAACUACUGUACUGUAUAUCAACUCCUACUAAGUUGGAUGCCAAAGCAAAGGGAAGAAGUGAAGUUACUUCUUAAAGAUGGACCAACUUCCACAAAACAAGAUUCUGGGACUGGAAAAAAUUCUCCAUCAAGUAGCAAAGGAAAAACGAAAAGUCGAAGUACUGGGGACAAAAAACCCAAGUAUAAAAGUGCUAUGAAGGUGAAGAUUGCUGAGAAGGUGAAAAACAAGAGAAUGGCACGUGCAUUGAGAGAGAAGAAGAGCUCUGACAAAAAAGCAAUACAAUUGCAAGAUAAAGGAAACAAUAAUAUGCAGACUCCAACCAAAGAAACUGAUAUCAAUGAAAAAUUGAUUGAAAAACUUUCAGAGCCUGCUAAAAAGGACAAGUAUGACUUGAUAAAAGAAAGGAGUGCACGCACAACCAAGCAAGCUCAACCUAAGGAAAACUCACCAAAGAAAAGUCCAAUUAGACCACCUGGACACCAAAAGGUUGCUAUGCCCCUGAAAGGAAGCUCUAGUCUUCCACAAGACAUUGGCCAACAAAUUAAAAAAAUGCCAGUUGAAGACCAGGUUGUUGUCACUACAGCUUCCCAAAAAGAAACUGAACAAGAGGCAGCUGAUAAGCAACAGGCACUUGAAGCCCUUCUUCACAUAUCUGGAGUUGAACUGGAUUCAUUUACUCAAGACAAAAAAGAAACUAUUUUAGCUGAACUAGAGCAAAAACCAGUUGACCAGUGCUUGGCACCUGCUGAUGACCAUUCAGAUGUAGUAUUUUCAAAGUCUAAUUCUCCAGGACAAGAAAAAAAUGUCUCAGAGUCAAGCAAUGUAGUACGGAUUGAUGAGACAGAGAUUGGUGUCAAAUACCAACUCAAAUCAGACUCUUUAGAAGAGCAAGGAUUAAAGUUGACUUAUACAGCACCAAAUGCAGCUGAUUAUGACUUAAACCCUGUUAGUUAUGGUGUAUACAGGCCAAAUCGAUCUAAACAUGUUAUACCUGUUGGUAAACAAGAUUCUGAGUGCAGCGAAUUUGACAAGGAUAAAGGAAAACGUAUUGGAAAACAUGUUUGUGAAUUUUGUGGGCGAAGAUGCCUGAAGCCAAGUGUGCUGAAGAAACAUAUUCGUUCUCACACUGGUGAGCGUCCUUAUCCAUGUAUUCCAUGCGGGUUCUCUUUUAAAACAAAGAGCAAUCUGUACAAACAUCGGAAAUCACACGCACAUGCUAUAAAAGCUGGGCUCACUCCAAAUCUUGAGGGAAUUAAAGUUAUUGAGGAUGACGAAAAUGAUUCCGAAGAAACAGAAAGUGAAGAUGAAAUGGAAAUCGAUGAAGGUGUAGACACAAUAAAUGAGAAAGAAAUGGAAGAACGGUUAACUGAAGGUAGACCAUAUGAAAACCCAACCAGAGUUGUGGAAGAAAUUCCUAGUUUUGUUAAAUUUUCAAAGUCAGGCAUUCCUGGUCAGACCUCCAUGUUCUCUGGUGAUGCACCUCACACUCCAACGAGUAUUGAAAGAAAUCCACACCAGCUUGUGCAAGAGUUUCCUAUGGUUAACAUGUUACCUUCUGAAGUACAAGUAAUUCAAGAUUCAAACCACAUUCAAAGUCAAGGAAAGUCAAUUCCUCUAACUGAAUUAAUGUCAAUGAACUCAAUGAAUGAAUAUCAUGGUUUAUCAACCAAACCAACCAUAUCAUCAUCAAGUCUUUCACCAAUUGUAAACAAGGACUCUGAAAAUGUGUCAUCAGAAGAGAAAGUGUCAGCACAAGGAGAGGCCGGCUGUGGACAGGUUUUAGAAAACCUUCGGUCAAAGGAUGUAGCUGGAUUCCGCAUUGACAUGGAAACGGGGCGUGCAAUGCCUAUACUUCAUACCCAACUUAGUGCUUCUGAGCAAGUUGAUGGGGUUUCUGAGGAUUCUGAAAAGAAAAUGGAUGUGAAGAUUGGCAAGAAUGAUGUUGACCCUGCCAAACUAAUGAUUCCUCUUACAAACUUUAGCAUUGUGAAGUCAGGUGGCCAAUUUCAUGUACAGAUUCCUGUGCAAGGUAUUUUAGAGUCAACCAUUGGAAAAGAGUCCGAGAAUUUACUUCCAAAAAUUAAGAAAUCAAAAGAUAGUGAACCUCUACAACAAGCUGUUGGUCAGGAGAAACUAGAAAGUGCAGACAUUCAAAGGAAAGUUAAAAGAACACGAGCUGUAUCUGAAAAUCUGAUAUCAGACUCCAUUGAAAUAUCCAAAUCACAUAUGCAGACUUUGCCAGUUGGAGGCUUAUUGAAGGCUUCACAGUCUAAUCGUACAUCUACAUCACCAGGAUCACAUAUAAGUUCUGAAGCAUAUCAAAGAUUUGCAGGCAAUAUACAACAUAGUCAAAGGUCAAGAUCAUUAUCUGAAAGCAUUAUGCUGAAACAAAAUACAUCUGCCUUACAUUUUCAUUCAAGAUCCUCUCAAGGACUGCUAACAACAACAACACCACCACAAUUUUCUCAGGUUUCGGUUGCAAGUUCUCAACCAGCUCAUCUUGGUAGUAUUCCUGGUAAUAUUUUGGAUGGCAAUAAAAUGAGGAGGUCACAGCCGCAAACACAUGUGGUCUCACCAAGGAAAAUAUCUACUUCAAGCUCUGCCAUACGUUAUUCACAAAGUAUUACGGAAACACUGAACAGUGGUUUCAGUUCUGCUGUUCCUGCAAAAGACUUGGAUCAUUCUACACCUCAUUCAUCUACAAAGAAACUCCCAUACAGGCUGUACCCAGCAGUAAGUUUGCCACACGCAAGUCCAUCAUCAAUGAUACCAGCAUCGGCAGCUGAUAAACCUACAUUUCUUUCAAAAUCGGUAAUUCCUGUUCAAAGCUCUCAAACUCAGCAGCAUUCUGCAAACAGUCCAAAUUAUUCAAGAUAUCAAACAUUAGAAGAGACUCAAGCUGCCUUAAGGGCAGCACAGCCAAAACUAUUUAAGCGACGAAAGUACAAAUCUGAAGGGGAUACAAUACCUUCUGAUAUUCAUCUUCCAAAGAAACGUGGCAGAAAACCUAAACAUGAAAGGAUAGCGACUGAAAGAGUGCCAACGCCAACAAGGCCAAUGGCACCACUUCCCUUUCUACCAACAUUGCCUCCAGUACCACAGAGUCCACUUAUUGUUUCAACUGGUAGUGCCUCUGGAAGGAUACCUAUGCUUUCAUCACUGCAUUUUACCAAUUUUCAUUCAGUCAAUAGUGAAUCAGUUAGACAUUCCAUUAAUUCACCAUUAGGAUCUGUAAUUCAUCCCACUAACCUACUAAGCACUACAAAUACGGAAAGUUCAAGAAAUGCAAAUCACGGAGGCACAGCACCACAAUUUUCUGGAGUUUCAACAAAUGUUUACUCGAAUGCAACAGCAUCAAUGUUUUCAGGUACAACACCUCUUUCAUCAGUGCAUAGUGUCCCAUAUCCAGAUCGUUCAUCUACCAUUUUCUCAACAAGUGUAAGUGUGAGGACCCAUGAUGUACCUUCAAGAGGUCAGAACAGUAACUUGGCUCAAGUUGUAAAAGAGGCAAAGAAUAGGCCCUCAUUGUCUGAAGUUAGUGCAUAUCAUCAACCUGAUACACAGAUUCAAGCGCCAUUCCCUGGUCCUUCUAGUGCCUGGACAAAACGCCAUAGAGGUAUAUCUCCAAAGACACAAGAGUAUGAAAGACCCAGACCUCUAAUGCCCAUGCCAGAUUUGGUGCAAAUCCCAGUUGGAGAAACAGAUGACAAGAAAACCAGAAUUAAGAUAGAAUCAAGUGUUGCUUCUGAUCUUAAACAGACAUUAGUUCGUCCUGGGUUGUUAAAGAUUUCAGAUAGCUUGAGCCCACUCCGACCUAAUUUAGGAUCAAGACCUAGUCGAAAAAAUCUGACUUUAGACAUUCCAUCAUUUGGAAGCUUGAAGCAUCCUGCUGUCACCCAUGCAGGUAAAUGCACAACACCAAUUGAAUAUGCUGCAAAGACACUUCUUUCACCAGAAGCAUUUUCAAUUGCACAAUCUGUUGUUAAGUUGGCAUCACCUAUGAAGAAUAAACCAGAUGGCACUCCUACCACUCCUGUAGAAGCUGCAAGGGAGCUUGGGCGUCUUGCAGCACAUGCUGCAUUUGCAAAUGCUGGAGGAAAAGUAGAAAAUAUUUUAAGCCCAAUGAUUCCUUCAAUGGCAACUUCACAAGGCUCAAUUGUAGUAGGACCCAUUACAACCCCAACUACAUCAGGACCACAAAAACAGUAUUUUGUUCUUCCUUCUCCAUCAAAAAGUCAUAAUCCUGGAUUUCCUUCUCAAUCGGACAAUUCAAUACUGAAAAAGCAAAAGCCAACAAUUACUACCGCUGAAUCAUUUUCAUCUGCUGCUACACAUACAGUUCAAACUCCACCAAAGCCAUCUCCUGUUUUUCCUCCGAUCCCAGCACCUUCACAGGUUAUGUCACCAAAAGUCAGAUCUCAAGCACCUUCAUCAUCAAUAAUACAACAGACUGAAUUCACUCCAGUUCUCAACAAAUCUUUUCAAAAUCGUUCAAAGUCAACCUCUGGUCAGACGAUAGCAUUUAUUCACGGUUUACCAACUUAUCAAGCAAAAUCUCGACAUAGGACAAGUGCUCUGGAUAAAAUUGAUGAAACUGUUAUUACCAAUGAAGGCUAUAAAACUAUUCCAACUUUACUGAAGUGCUUGUACAAGAAUGCAAAUGGAAAUCACAACAUUACAACGCCAAUGUUCACUUGCUUGCACCGCACUCAGCCAAUGUAUGUGAAACAACAUUCAAACUAUAAGGUUUCAAUGUACUCUAACUGGCGCUCAGGAUCUACCAGCCUGCAUCCACUAGGUAUGAGCUGGAAAGCUCAUCUAGGCCUGAAUGACUCCAGUCGUAACCGUAGACCAAGAAUGGUCUACAUUGUUUCUCCCCUUUCAAAGGAUCAAGAUGGUAUUUUGACACAUUCUAGUAUGUGGCGAAGAGAAGACCAGUGUACAUCAGCAAGCCAACAAAACAUUCCAAGCCUAAAACAACAGCAGCAUAAUGAUUCACCUUCCAGAGGUGAAGUUAAUGCAAACUUUCCUCACAAACUAUUUCGUCAUGGGAGAAUUCACCAUAGAAGAACAGAGAGUGAAUCUGCUGUGAUAGACUCUAAGUCAAAGGAAAGGAAAAUGAAAGACAUUGGGAAGCAUGAACCUUUACGAGUACCAAUCUUCGAAGGUGGCUUUAAAUCCAAUGAAGAGUAUGUUUAUGUUAGAGGAAGGGGAAGAGGAAAGUAUGUUUGUGAAGAAUGUGGAAUUCGCUGUAAGAAACCCAGCAUGCUUAAGAAGCACAUACGGACACACACUGACAUGCGGCCAUACAAGUGUUCAAUCUGUAAUUUUGCCUUUAAAACAAAAGGAAAUUUAACAAAACACAUGAAGUCAAAAGCACACAACAAGAAAACUGUUUCAACUGGAGGUGAUGAUGAUGAUCUAGGCAACCUAGAUGAUGAUGAUGACAGAAUUGAAGAAGAAGACUAUGACAAUGAUCACCAGUUCUCUGAUGCAGAUGAAAAUGAGGAUACAGAUUCUGCAGAAGGUGAAACAUCAGAUGAGGAUGAAGAGGAUGAUGAUGCAGAUAGCCGGUGUCAUCAUCACUCUUUUCUCAGAAGAAAAAGAAGUCAUGGCUCUUUACCAGAUAUAUCUGGUUUUGCAGGAAGUAGUUCUGACUAUCACUUUUCAUCCAUUCUUGCAGGAAGUUUACCAUCUUUGAAUGCUACCAGAACAGACCAAAGCUUAUCUGAUUCAUCUGAUGGAGUGCCCACAAGACGGACUUUGAAAAGGUCUCAUAGUGAAAGCUUAGACAAAAUUAGAAGAGAAAAAUCAGAGAAAGAUGUUCUUUCUGAUCCAUUAAAGACUCGACAUUAUCCAAUGACUUCACAGAAUUACCUUCCUGGAGAAGCUGGUAAAACAGAAGAGAGAAAACCAACAAGGUCUGAAGUUGUAGGGAAGCUUACUCAACAUUUAACAAAUAAGAAUCUGGAAAAACUAAGAGCACAAACACAAAGCCAUCCUCUUGUUACAACACCAAGCUCACAUAGUGGUAGCAGCAAAUCCUUCGACAUCAAUCAGUUACCACUGCCACAGAUGGGACCAGGUAUUUUACCAUUGCCAACAUUCCAACCAACAUAUGGAUUAUCUAUAAUGAACAUUAGUACUGGGUUGGCAGGUUCAAGGAGUCAAGAACAUUUACCUUCUGUUCCAAUGGGCUCCAAUUACAGGAUAUCAGCAAAGAUUCAUGAAGUAACCAAACCUGACAACUUAAAUACUGUUUCAUUAUCAAAAUCAGAAGGAACACAAGACUCUACAAAUGAAAGUGUUCAUCUAGCUGUACAUAAAAACUCUGCACAGAAGACCAUAACUGAUGUUGCUGUAGCAGAUUCAAAUGCAUUUAAGACACAUACAACUACAGCUUUGCAAAGCUUACCUGUCACAGAAAGCAAUGUUAGAGGAUUUGAUCCUGGACUUGUUGGGUCCGUGUUUAUACCUGUAUCCUCAGUCCUCCAGGGAGGGUUAAUUCCACCUACAACUGCUCCAUACUCAUCAGGCCAAUUUAUUUUUACAUUUCCUAUGCCUUCUCCUGCCGCUACAAAAGAAUCUGAUGUUUUAUUAACAGUACAGCAUCCAAAGAUAAAUCAGGAUGUUCUGAGGUCAUCACCACAGAUGCACUCCAGUAAAAUUAGUGAGCAUUCCCCUCUACAAAAAAUGGAUUUAUCAUCACAGAACAUGGAGGCAAAAAGCCAUGGGUUUCACACGAUGCCUUCUUCAGUAACCUUCACAAAGAGAAAACGAAUUCAAGACAGUGAAAGCAUUUCAGCUGUACUUACACCACCUGAGAAAACCACUAAUGAAAGCUUAGAGAACAUAAGAUCAGUUGAUAAUGCGAAGAGGAUUAAAUAUAUUAACACUGAUGUAAACCAUGCUCUGCAACAACCGAUGAAUAUGAACAGGAUUGUUAUGCCUAAAUCCUUACAUCACCAAAUGGUACAUGCUCCUCAAGCACAAUUCAUACCACCACCUGUUGCACCAACAGAAGUUUCUUUAAUCAGUCAUCAUUCUCCAAAAUUUACAUUUUCGCAUGGUAGCAGUAUGUCACAAGUGCCACUUGUUUCUCCGAUAACUCCUUCACGGAUGUCCCAACUGCCACCUACAAUUCUGUCAACACCAGAUAUUAACACAUCUGUAAUUCAACAAUCAUACGGUUCAAGUGGUAAGACCACCAUACCUCCAUCAUCGCUUUCUACUGAAGUUACUAAAUCAUCAGAUGCUAUACACAAACGCAUCAUUGAAGUUGAGAAUAGUGACAUUGAAGGAAUACCAUCACCAACAGCCACAAGAGGAGGCUUCCACAAAUGUAAUGUUUGUCUGCAGGGUUUUACCAAACCAAGUCAACUUCGUAUCCAUAUGAGAACUCACUCAGAUGAACAUCCAUACAGUUGCGAGGAAUGUUCAUUGUCUUUUCGCACAAGAGGUCUGCUACAAAAACAUGAGCGUUCUCCAAUCCAUUUUUCACAUGUUGAAGCUGUUGAACUCUCUACAGAAAAUGCAGAUGAUCCAAGACCAUUCAAAUGUAAAGAGUGUUCAAUUGCAUUUCGAAUUCCUGGACAUCUUGCAAAACAUUUGCGUUCUAAGGGACAUAUAAUGGCGUUGGAACGACAAGGAAAAUUGACACGACACAGGCAUGAACUAGGAGAUAUUGAUGGGUCACCAACUAAAGAUGAUGGUUUUGGAGACCACGAAGAUGAAAACACGGACAGUGCAAGUGAGGGCGAAGCUGAAAAGGUUGUAGUUGAAGAAGUGAAACAAGUUGAAUAUGUACAUCAGAUGGAUAAUUCUGACUGAGUUGUUCCUUCCCUAAGUAAACCAUUCCAUUUAUUACUUAAAUUGUUUGUUAUACAAAUGUUAAUCAGAUAAUGAAUCAUGAACUGUGUAAAAUUAUAAUAUUUAAAUUGUCUUAAUCAGGUUUCAGGUUGUAAAAUUUUUAUUUUAAACCUCAUAUUAUAUAAAUUCAGCUGAAACCAUAUAUCCAUCUUGCCAUGGUGUAAUAAUAUUUCCAUGAUUGAGUUGAUAUAUUACCAUAUCACAUCAAAAUCCUGUUUUAUUUCAAACUUUCACAUAUAGGAGUACAUUUGAUCAUAAUUGAGUUUCCGCCAAUGAAAUACUUUAGGAGUUUGGAAGAUUUAACCAAAGUCAGGGAAAUUAAUAAAUGUGUUUAUACUGUAUUAAAAAAGAAAAUUUGCUAUUUACUUUUCGUUUUUGUUAGCAAACACAGUUCCUUCAAGAUCAACACUGUAUUGAAGAAGAAAGUAGCGAGUAUUAUACUGUAUAUCUUGGAUUAAAAAAAAUAUAUAUGUUUGUGAAUUGGUUUACUUGUGUUCAAUUUUGCACUAAUGUUUGCACAUUCUUUUUAUGUAUACAUAUUUUAUAUAGUUUGUGAUGUCACCUAUGAAUAUACUGUUUCUAAACCCUAGAAAGCCUUUACAUUUUUAUGGUAUACAUGAACAAUCCUUAAUAAUAGUUUAGCAGUUGUUUGAACACAUCAGAAUUGAUUUUAUAAUCAGGUAUGAAGAAUUUUUUUAUACUUGUUAGAUUUAGAUUGUAAUUACAAAACCUUGAAUUAUUCUAAAAUCAAGGUGUUUGCUGAUUUUUUUAAAAGAAAAAGUAACUGUUAAAAUCUGUUAACUUCAUCAGUGUUCCUGAGGUGUACUGAUCUAGGAUAUUUGAUUUUCCUCUACCUCGAUGUUGUCUGACGUCAUGUACUUUGUCAUCCGCCAGCUUAAAUUGAUUGCUGUCAAAUGUACUUAACUAUAUUGAUAAUCUUGUUGAUUAAGAACCUAUGUAAUUCAUAUCUACAUUUUCCUAACCUUUUCAACCAAUGUUUUUGAUAUGUCAAGUUGCUCCAACUUUUACAUAAGUUGCGCAGUCACAUCAAGUAAUCCGUUUACGAUCUAGUGUUUUUCAUAAACUUAUAAUACUGUACCAAUGAUUUUAAUUUUUUUAUAAAUGCAUUCUUCAAAAUUUAAAUUACUAGAUCAUGAUUUAUUGUUAGUACACAGUACUGAAAAUGCACAUCUACUCACAAGACCAUAAUGCUGAAUGUUUUUGGUUUUAUUGUUUAUGUUAUUAUCAAAACUACAUUUUCCUGAUUUGUUAAUAUUUUAAGUGAUUAUUUAAAAAUAUAUAUUAAACAAAAACAAUUUUUCUGGUUUUAUUUACACCUUGAAUAUAGUGUGCAGAUGCUUUCCCAAGACUAGUUUGGAUUAAUAUAAUCAUAUUACUUGCUGAUUAUUAUCAUAUGGUUUUCUACAGGGUUAAAGUUUUAUCUUGUGAUUUUUAUAUUCUGAUAAUUUGUUUGUUAAUUAAAACAACAGUUAUUUUAAUUAAAAGAGUUAUUCUGCACUUUUUCAGGUAAACCUAAUUCUUGGAGUUAAAAGAACUCCCUAGAAAUAAUCAGUGUACUUCUUCAGGCAUGUAUAACCUUUUAAUGUAUGUUGUCAUACUUUAUCAACGUUUAUUUUAUGUGUAUGUUUAGUUUGAAAACAGUAUUUUGGUAUUUGAUAUUUAUUUAGGUACGUGGGCCAAGGAUCGCCAGUAGCGAAUAAAUCACUGUGUAAGUGGUAGUCCGUUCCGCAACACACAUACAUUAACGCUCUACAUGAAUUAAGUUUUGUUAUGUGGCUUAAAAGGUGUUGAAAAAAGAGUUGUUUUGGUCGUCGGAAACAAUCCUUUAACAUGAUUUAAAGCCAUGACACUGAAGAAAGGUAAGUGUCGUAACAAUCAAACGUCGGCUCCACUACAGAAGAAUAAAACAAUUAAUACAAACCGUUUCAUUUGUGCGUUGAUGUAUUCUUUUGAUUUUUCUGUUAAUUGUUUAUGCUGUUUUAAGGUUAGGCCUAUAUGAGUAAGAAUACAAAAGAAGGGUACUGUCAGAUAAAAGUCUUAUUUCUUUAUAUACUACAGGUGUAUAUUUUGAAAGCUGUGCUAAUUAGGCAUUUGUACAGUUCAGAAUUAUUAUGUUACCAACUACUUCGAGUUUAAUACUGUAUGUUUUGUUAGCAUCUAUUACAUGUACAUAAAGAAUGUAUAAUGCAAACAUGUUAAUUGAAUAAAUAUACUUCAGACAAUGUAGCUUUCAACAAAUGAUAUAUUAUUCGUACUGUAUAUUGAAUGGAGUUUAUUAUAUAAUUAUAUCCUCAGUGUAUAUGAUUGUACGAUCUCAAAGAUCUUUGGUAGAUUUUUUUUGUCUCAAAAAUAAAAGGUUCCAUUGGAAUCUGUUAAGUAUUUAAGUUGAUGUGUACAAGAGUAAUUGCCGUGACAAUAUACGUUUACUGUACUUGUUAGUAGGCAGUAGUUGAGAUAUUUUUUUUCGGUAUUUGUAAUGCCGUGUUAUAUAUUGUAGAUAACGGAAACAAAUAUAGAUAAAAACAAAUGAGA